UGAUUGGCCAAGGCUCUCGCGGCCGGGGGGGGUAACAUUUGUGAAUGGCUUCAAAGUGACUGUGAUGUGCGGGGUGGUUUAUAAUGUUUUAUCAGCACUUUAGCACAUGCUUUUUAUUUGAUUUGACAUUCUCCAGGGCCGGAUUGUAACGGGAAACCAUGUCGGACGCUGAAGGUGCUCGCAGUCCGGACCAGCUGAAUAAAUUCGAGAGACUGACAGGCAGGCCGCCGCACGGUCAGACGCUAGCAGGUCAUCGUACUCCUCCCGCCCGAAGUGGCCAUCGCUGCGUUGCUGACAACACUAACCUGUAUGUGUUUGGAGGGUACAACCCUGACUACGAUGAGUCAGGAGGCUCAGAGAAUGAAGACUAUCCACUGUUCAGGGAGCUUUGGAGGUACCACUUUGCCACAGGCUGCUGGCAGCAGAUUCGAACAGAGGGCUAUAUGCCCACAGAGCUGGCGUCUAUGUCAGCUGUUUUGCACGGCAACAACCUCCUGGUGUUUGGCGGCACUGGGAUCCCCUUUGGUGAAAAUAAUGGUAAUGACGUACAUGUUUGUAAUGUGAAGUACAAGCGUUGGUCACUGCUCAACUGUCGGGGGAAGAAGCCCAACAGAAUCUAUGGACAGGCAAUGGUUAUUAUAAAUGGUUUCCUGUACGUGUUUGGAGGGACAACGGGUUACAUCUACAGCACAGACCUGCACAGGCUGGACCUGACCACCAGGGAGUGGAUCCACCUCAAGCCCAACAACCCUCCUGAUGACCUGCCUGAGGAACGGUACAGGCAUGAAAUAGCACAUGACAGACAGAGGAUCUACAUUCUGGGAGGAGGAACUUCCUGGACAUCUUACCCUCUGGACAAGAUACAUGCUUACAAUCUGGAGACCAAUUCCUGGGAGGAGAUUACAACUAAACCUCAUGACAAAAUAGGAUAUCCUGCUCCUAGGAGAUGCCAUAGCUGUGUACAAAUACGAAAUGAUGUAUUUAUCUGUGGAGGCUACAACGGGGAAUUGAUAUUAGCUGAUCUGUGGAAGAUUAAUCUGCAGACUUUCCAGUGGAGUAAACUACCAGCAGUGAUGCCUGAGCCGGCCUACUUCCACUGUGCUGCUGUCACCCCAGCUGGCUGCAUGUACAUCCAUGGUGGUGUGGUGAACAUCCAUGAGAACAAGAGAACUGGCUCUCUUUUUAAGAUCUGGCUGGCUGUGCCCAGCCUGCUGGAGCUAUGCUGGGAGAAGCUCCUCAAGGCCUUUCCCCACCUGACUUCACUCCCCACCAUGCAGCUGCUCAACCUGGGCCUCACACAGGAACUCAUUGAACGCUUGAAAUAGGCCACACAGUGGAGGACAGACAAAUGAAUGGAUGGGAUGGACUGGGCUGGACUGGGAGGAGAUGACAGAGCACAGAAUUUAAUUCACGGCAAAAUUCUCGGGAAAAAAUGCCCUCUCCCUCCCCUGCCUAACGUAGCCCCGCCUUAAAACCAAAAGCAAUGCGAUGCCUUUUUUUUGUUCGCUCUUAUUUUCCGCAGUUUCAGUGAUGAUAAAGAAAAUAAAUGUGGAAUGUUUUAUGGAUUUUACUCAAACUCCCGCCCCCCAGCCACCCCUUUUCCUUACAUGAUGCCUUUGUGUCAAGGUAAAUACGAAUUCCCGCUUCUCAUCCUCCAAACUGCCAAGCCGGAAAUACUUUAUUUUGCCAUGUCACGCUUUCAAAGACUGUCCUCUCCCAUGUUUUUAAAAUCUGCCUUCUCUAGUACUUUUAAGAAUUCUGUGCAGAGGAAGAAUGCAUGUAUAUUUAUUUGAAGGACUAAAUCUGUUAUACUGGGGAUAUUCUCAUCACAUGAUAUUGCUGUUUGCACACUUUGUCUUGCAAAUUUGUGGACAUUUACUUUUUUUUAAUAGAUCCUAUAAGCUAAGUAAUGAUUCUAGAAAGUGGCAGACAGUGGUUUUACCAAGGGGCCAUGUCAGUGUUUUUGCACAUUUUAGCUAAUUUAAUUUGACAUCCUAUAUAAUCUUCAUUACUGCUGACAUCCUGUAGUGUUUUAGAUUUUAAAAAUGUUUUUUUUUUUUUUUUGCAACCUUUCAGGCAGCUGUUUUCUUCCUAUGGUAUGAAAAUCAACUUCCAGCAACUUGAAGCUUACAUAAUCAAUCACGCUGAUAUUAAUGUGUUUUUAUGGUUGAAGUUAUCCGUGCAUAACUUUAACAUAAAUAAACACAGACAUGAUGUUUACUGUGAGGGAUUACCAAUCUUAAAUUUCAAGUCUUUCAGAUUUGUUUUCAUACUAUAUGAAUGGAAACCAGUUUCAGCCUGGAGAUGAGGGAAAAAACAUUAAAAAAAAACAAAGUUGUGGUAUGCCUUUAAAGUGGUCAUGGAUCAUGUAUUUUAUUUCUGGUAACUUAGCUAAAACAUGCAGAAACACUGUAUGCUCCUCAUUAGUAUGUGAAGAAAGGGUUCAAUGUCUGAGCCUUUGUAUUUCCUUUAUUUUCCAUUAUACAUAAGGUUUUGCCUGGAAAACCAUCUGCAAAAAAAGUAAAAAGUAAGGUGGGUAUCAUCAAAUUGAUUUAAUUUCCAUCUUGUUUUCUUGCAGCUCUCAUUUGUAAACCAAACCAUGCAACACAUCACUGUGAAUUUGGUGCUCUUUAAAUUUUAAUUUAAAAAUGCUUUUAUUCGAAUAAAGACUUAAUUCUGUUCAGA